UUAUUCCCGUCCACUUUCUUUGGGAAUAAAAUCAUGGGUAAGUGGAAGUUAUUUUUUUCCUAGAAAUUCUUUAUUCCCGGAAGUUAUUUUUUUAACUUUGUAACAAACAUAGGAAUCUAUAAUUCCAACCUCCAUGUUCCUGGGAAUAAUUUUUUAAACCAGGAAACAAACACCCCUUAGGGUUUCAAUUUUCAAGCCUCCGCAACAACAAUAUUAUACGGUAAUUCUCUCUCUUGAUCGAAAAAAAAAAUACGAUCAUGGACACUUCAAAUCCUGCUGCAUUUGUCAAUGCCCAAGUUCUUCCCGAUUUCAUUGGAAAGAAAGUAAGAGCAGUGGUUCAGGUGAAUCAUUCUGAUGGUGCGACAAUCACGGGCAAGUCCACUGAUGAAUCUCAGAUAAUUGUAAAAGGGCUAUCAUCACAAGUCCCUGUCAUGAAUUAUGUUGAGGUUAUUGGCAUUGCUGAAAGUAACAACUCUAUUCGUGCUGAAAUAUUGACUGACUUUGGUGCCACAUUUGAUGUCAACUCUUACAAUCAGUUAUGCCAACUAGCAAAUGGUGAAUUCAGAAGUCUGUUUCUUUAGGGAGCUUGAAGAUUGUUGGAUUAGCUAGUGGAUGGUAUUGAGUUGCAGCCUUUAUGCUAAAGAACGUCUUACUUUUUUACAUUUUUGAUUGGAGCUAUAUAUAUAAUGUAUAUGUUUAUUACCUGAGGAUUCGAUAUGUAGACAUAUGUUGUGCCUGAACUGUUUCAUGUUUUUGAAAUCCCCUUAACUUAUAUUUCCAUGCUACAGUUUGUUUUAUA